GGGUAGCAGAGAAUGGAAUUGACUUUACCAUUAAAUGAAAGGCGUGAUGUACAGACUGUGAAACAUACUUUGCAAUCCAAGCAAGCUCCUGAAUGUGUGCAAAUGUAUCUGAAGGUGCUGCAGAGUGCCUGGUGCCACGGGGGAGCACUGCCCAGCCCAGGGGCCUCGCUGCAGGAUUUAGGUCACCCUUUCUGCAGAGCACACAGGACCUGGGAACUGAGUUUGCCCUAAAAGAAAUCAUGUCAUCAGGAGGAGCUGAAGAUGAUAUUCCUCAAGCAGAGAGGAAAACAGUGACAGACUUUUGCUACUUACUGGAUAAAUCUAAACAGCUCUUCAAUGGCUUAAGGGAUUUACCUCAGUAUGGGCAAAAGCAGUGGCAGUCCUAUUUUGGGCGAACAUUUGAUGUUUACACCAAACUCUGGAAGUUUCAGCAGCAGCACCGACAAGUAUUGGACAAUCGGUAUGGGUUGAAGCGGUGGCAAAUUGGGGAAAUUGCUUCCAAGAUUGGGCAGCUCUACUACCAUUAUUACUUGCGCACUUCAGAAACCAGCUAUCUCAAUGAAGCCUUCUCCUUCUAUUCAGCCAUUAGGCAGAGAUCAUACUACUCCCAAGUCAACAAAGAAGACAGGCCUGAAUUAGUGGUUAAGAAGCUUCGUUACUAUGCAAGGUUUAUAGUGGUUUGUCUCUUGCUCAACAAAAUGGAUGUUGUAAAGGACCUUGUGAAGGAGCUGUCAGAUGAAAUUGAAGACUACACUCAUCGUUUUAAUACUGAAGAUCAGGUGGAGUGGAACCUGGUUCUUCAGGAAGUGGCAGCAUUUAUUGAGGCAGACCCUGUCAUGGUUUUAAAUGAUGACAACACCAUUGUAAUCACCUCUAACAGGCUUUCUGAAACAGGAGCUCCGUUGCUGGAGCAGGGAAUGAUAGUGGGACAACUUGCUCUUGCAGAUGCGCUGAUUAUUGGGAACUGCAACAACCAGGUCAAGUUCAGUGAAUUAACAAUUGAUAUGUUCCGAAUGCUACAAGCUCUUGAAAGGGAACCAAUGAAUUUAGCAUCACAAAUGAACAAACCUGGAAUGCAGGAGUCCACAGAGAAACCAGCCAGGCGGGAAAACCCCCACAAAUACCUGCUGUAUAAACCAACCUUUAGCCAGCUAUAUACAUUCUUAGCAGCCUCAUUUAAGGAGCUGCCUGCAAACAGUGUGCUGCUGAUCUACUUGUCUGCCACGGGCGUGUUUCCAUCAGGUCGUUCGGAUAGUGAAGGUCCAUAUGAUUUUGGUGGUGUCCUGACAAACAGUAACCGGGACAUUAUCAACGGGGACGCCAUCCACAAGCGAAACCAAGCGUACAAGGAGAUGCACUGUCUUCACCCUGGAGAUCUCUACCCUUUCACAAGAAAGCCCCUGUUUAUCAUUGUGGACUCUUCAAACAGUGUUGCCUAUAAGAAUUUCACAAACUUAUUUGGACAACCGCUGGUGUGCUUGCUUUCUCCAACAGCAUAUCCAAAAGCUUUGCAAGAUCAGUCUCAGCGGGGCAGCCUCUUCACACUCUUUCUGAACAAUCCUUUGAUGGCGUUCCUGUUUGUCUCUGGAUUAUCAAGCAUGCGCAGAGGGCUGUGGGAGAAGUGCCAGGAUUACCUCAGGAAGAUCAACCGGGACAUUGCCCAGCUGCUGACGCACUCCCGCUCCGUGGAUCAGUCCUUUCUGCAGUUUUUUGGGGAUGAAUUUCUUCGCCUGCUUCUGACGAGGUUUAUCUUCUGUUCAGCCACCAUGAGGAUGCACAAAAUUUUCCGGCAGGAGACCCGAAAUUACCCAGAAUCUUACCCUCAGCUGCCGAGAGAUGAAACGGUGGAGAAUCCUCACCUCCAAAAGCACAUUUUGGAGCUGGCUUCCAUACUGGAUGUUAGGAAUGUUUUCCUGGAAAACACCCUCGAUGACUAUUAAAAGAAACUGUCUUAUUGCAAAGGGGUUUCCCUGGCCACAGAUUUUGAAUGGUGCAGUUUUAUAAUGUGAAAAUCAUAAAAGGAAGUACUUGAUUUUAUUUUUAAAUUUAGGACCAUUAUUUUAAAAAGUAAUAAGAAAACAGCUGUUAGUGUAGCUGUUCCAUUCUGUAUGGGGUCAAUUUUAUAAGCAGAAGUUUUCGUGUCUUUUAAAUGUUAAACUAAAGAAACACAAGAGGUUUAUUUCUGGUCUUGUGGCUGUCAACCACAUUUCCAACAGUUGAUCCUAAGCAUAGAAGUAUUAUUGGUUACCUUUAGCCCACAUUUUUGGAAAUCCUUUAUUUUUAUACAAUUUUAAAAAAUUGGAAAAAAAAAAAAAAAAAAGAAAACCAACAAUAGAAAACGAAUAUUUUAUCCCCAAAGAGUCUGGAAUUGAAAUGGUAAAGAUGGAACCACACAGUGCAAACCAGCAAUAGCAAUAAAAGAGUCCUUCAUAGCAAAUAUAUUUUUUCAGUCUUAGAAAAAUAAGUAGACAAAACUGUGGACAAUUAAGUUGCAUUUGGAGCAGUGGAUUUGAAGUGAAGUUGUAAAGAUACUUAAUGCUCCCUAUAAAUUUGACACAGCAAUUUUAUAUGUGAACUUUGUACUGCUGGCCAAGGACACAGCUCCCAUUCUGCCUGCCUGGGCAGGUGGUGAGCAGAUUAACUAAUCACACAGCUAAGGCCCCCAUCUCUCACUGUAAGGUGGGUCAUCUUGCCAUUUGUGUUGCUGCCAUGAUUCUCCAGGAGGAGAAGGGGGCAUUCUUCAUUUUUAGGUACUAGGUAGAAAUUCUUACAUUUCCAGCAGGUGUUAUCCCUCCUUUCCAUGUGUGGAUGGAAUGUGUGGCUCCCACAGUGUUACCAGUCCCUGACAGGAGCUAAAAAAAUGUCCCAGACAGUGCUGGAUACAAGUGCUUCCUAUCAUGUACCUGCCCCUUCUGUGCUGGAUCUCUGUGCCCAGCAGAGCUGCUGGGUGCCCCUUGCAGGUCACACACAGUGGGUGCUGCUGUAAAGCCCUGCUGAUGUCUUGCAUGCCCACCACUGCCCCUCAGUCCUGCCUCUCAGCCAGUGGAGCUGAGGGGCUGUAGGGAUGGGUGGCAGCACUGUGGGCUCCCCUAGCCCGUAAUGCUUAGCCUGGAUAUGUUAAGGAGUUCAGUGGCCUUUGCAAAGGCACGUGCUGGAGAAGGCUGUUCUGGCUGCUGGGAAAGUACUUGCUGACUGAUUUGGACUGUCCUGCCUUCCCUGCAGAGCCAGGGCACCUCUGGCAAGUCCUGACAGUGAAGAUGUGAGCAAAGAGAGGGAAAUGAAGAUAUUUUAAGCUAUUAAAUGGAAAAGUCUUAUUGUCACUGUUCACGGGCUGCUAGAAAAGUGAAAGGACAAGCUGAGGAGAGCAGGGUAUGGAACAGCAGGAACUGCUGGAGUGUAGCUGGGAAGUUUGCAUGAAGGUUCUUUGUAGCUGGGCUGAAGCUUUUGCCAUCCACUCUUUAUUUCCCAAGUGUACAAAACUCUGUGAAUGCUCGUGUUUGUUCUAAGCAGUCUCAAAGCUGGUAUCUGGAGCCCCCCACCACUUGGUGCUGCUCUUCUUUGGACUGUGGCAAGACUUUGUUACCUGGGAUGUGGAGUUUAUUUUAACAAGUGUGUGCAUGUGUAUUCUCGGCGUUUGUGUGUAUAUGUACAAUGCACAUACAUCUACUGUUGGUGUAAAUUGUAAAUAUGUAUAUAUGUACAGGGACUUGUAUAUGUAUUAAAAAGAAUGAAACAGUACAA